CGGCCGGAGCAGCGCACGCUCCACUCGACGGCCGCGGUGACAGCGAGAUCAGCGGGAUGCACAGUGACAUCGCCGAGCAGCCGCACGAGAGAGGGGGCCGUUCCCACGCGACUGGCACCGCGGCGAGAGGGCAGCCGCAGCGGCGCGCAGAGCUGCGUGUCACGUGCGCGGCAGCCGUCGGGCGUGCGACUCCUUGGCCGCUUCUCAGCCCUCUCACCCAACUUCGCCGCGCCCGCUGCCCGCCGCCGCCCGGCGCUGCUUGAGGCACCGCGCCCGCGUCUCUGCUCCCUACCAACCCCCACCCACCUCAAGUCACUCUCAUCUUGUGAGCAUGCCGCCUCCGACACUUGCUCGCGCGCAUGCACUCGCACACACCCGUGCACCCGUGCGCCUCUCGUCGCCUGGCGCACGCCGCCGCGCCUGCUGCCGCGCCGCGCGCCGGUGCGGCGUGGCAUGGCUGCGACGGCUGGAGCAGCAGGGGCGCAGGCGGACCAUCGCCGUGCGCAGAGGCCGCAGCGCGCCGUCCCGGCAUAGGGUGUGCUGGCUUUUGCUCGCUGUCGAGCAGCGGCUGCGGCCUGUGCAGCGCGGCCUGGGCGCGCAGCAAUGGGCGAGGGAGAGGAUCGGCAUGGGCGGCGGCAGGCGCAGCAGGAGCGAGAUGCAGCGAGACAGCACCGGCAUCGGGCGAGGGACAGCGCUGCUGUCGGUGCUGCCACGCUCUCGUCCGCCCUGAGUGCCGGCCAAGGGCUGCUGAGAUGUGCUGCGAUGAGUAGUCGGUAGCCGGCGCAGCAUGGCUGACAUUGCGCUCGC